CACCGCACGCCCUGCAAGGGAGGUAUCCGUUACAGCACUGAUGUGAGUGUGGACGAGGUGAAAGCCCUGGCUUCCCUGAUGACCUACAAGUGUGCUGUGGUUGAUGUGCCAUUUGGGGGUGCCAAGGCUGGUGUUAAGAUCAACCCUAAGAACUAUAUGGAUAAUGAAUUGGAAAAGAUCACAGGGAGGUUUACGAUGGAGCUGGCGAAGAAGGGCUUUAUUGGUCCUGGCAUCGAUGUGCCUGCCCCAGACAUGAGCACCGGCAAGCGGGAGAUGUCCUGGAUUGCGGACACCUACGCCAGCACCAUAGAGCACUACUUUCUUAAUGUCCAUGCCUGUGUAACUGGUAAGCCCAUCAGUCAGGGUGGAAUCCAUGGACGAAUCUCUGCUACUGGCCGGGGAGUUUUCCAAGGAAUUGAAAAUUUCAUCAAUGAAGCGUCUUAUAUGAGUAUUUUAGGAAUGACAUCAGGGUUUGGAGACAAAACAUUUGUUGUUCAGGGAUUUGGGAAUGUGGGCCUGCACUCUAUGAGAUAUUUACAUCGUUUUGGUGCUAAAUGUAUUGGUGUUGGUGAAUCUGAUGGGAGCAUAUGGAAUCUAGAUGGUAUUGACCCAAAGGAACUAGAAGACUUCAAAUUGCAACAUGGAUCAAUCCUGGGCUUCCCCAAGGCAAAACCUUAUGCAGGGAGCAUCUUGGAGGCUGACUGUGACAUACUGAUUCCUGCUGCCAGUGAGAAGCAGCUGACCAAGUCCAAUGCACCCAGAGUCAAAGCCAAGAUCAUUGCUGAGGGUGCCAAUGGGCCGACAACUCCAGAGGCCAAUAAGAUCUUCCUGGAGAGGAACAUUAUGGUGAUUCCAGACCUCUACUUGAAUGCAGGAGGAGUGACAGUAUCCUACUUUGAGUGGCUGAAGAACCUAAAUCAUGUCAGCUAUGGCCGUUUGACCUUCAAAUAUGAAAGGGAUUCUAACUACCACUUGCUCGUGUCUGUUCAAGAGAGUUUGGAAAGGAAAUUCGGAAAGCACGGUGGAACUCUUCCCGUUGUGCCCACGGCAGAGUUCCAGGACAGGAUAUUGGGGGCAUCCGAGAAAGACAUCGUGCACUCUGGCUUAGCUUACACGAUGGAGCGUUCUGCCAGGCAAAUCAUGUGCACGGCCAUGAAGUAUAUAACCUGGGUUUAGACCUGAGAACGGCUGCCUAUGUCAACGCCAUUGAGAAAGUCUUCAAGGUGUACAAUGAAGCCGGUGUGACCUUCACCUAGAUGGAGUGUGGCUGACCUCUUCACUGCCCCCUUCCCUCUUCAUC